GGGAGAGCUCGUCUCUUCCCGGUGCCACACACUGGGAUCCGCCUGGCAGCCUCCGGGAGCCGCAGCCAAUGUGUUAGGACUUCAGGUGCUUUCUUGGCACAAAGCUAGACUGCGACCUCCUACCGGAGCGCUCGGCGUCACCUGCUCUCCCGGCCCUGCCCCGGGGGGCCGAGGGAUUGCGUCCCGAACCAGGCUUGGGAAUCGGCGGCAGCCUGCCUCUCAAAUGAGCCUCUAGCCUUGCUUUGAUAAAGCCAUUUGUGUAACUCUUGACUGAAUAAAUUGCCAAUGCGCCCGUUGGGAUCAUCACUGGAAAAGCAUGCCAUUUGAGAGGUCCUUUGCUUGACCUAGUCCUGGGCAUUAGGAAGAGAGUGUUUUCUUGUCUGUUGUUUUACCCCUCAUCAUUAUGAGCAUUGGUUUCUCACCCUUGAAGUAAAAAUGUUGAAAGCCGAGUCUUCAGGUGAACGAACCACUCUGAGAAGUGCCUCUCCUCACAGGAAUGCAUACAGAACAGAGUUCCAGGCACUGAAAAGUACUUUUGACAAACCCAAGUCAGAUGGGGACCAGAAAACAAAAGAUGGUGAGGGCUCCCAGCAGAGCAGGGGUAGGAAAUAUGGCUCCAAUGUCAACAGAAUUAAAAAUCUGUUUAUGCAGAUGGGUAUGGAACCCAAUGAGAAUGCUGCUGUUGUUGCCAAAACCAGGGGGAAAGGUAGACCUUCAUCCCCUCAGAGGAGAAUGAAGCCCAAAGAAUUUGUGGAGAAAACAGAUGGCUCAGUGGUUAAGUUGGAGUCCUCUGUUUCUGAACGAAUUAGUAGAUUUGACACAAUGCACGAUGGCCCUUCAUAUGCUAAGUUCACGGAGACUCGGAAGAUGUUUGAGAGAAGUGUGCAUGAGUCAGGGCACAAUAAUCGCUACUCCCCAAAGAAAGAGAAAGCCGGAGGGGCUGAACCACAGGAUGAGUGGGGUGGUUCCAAGUCCAACCGAGGCAGCAGUGACUCCUUGGACAGCCUGAGUCCCCGGACUGAGGCUGUCUCCCCAACAGUGAGUCAGCUGAGUGCAGUGUUUGAGGGCACUGAGUCUCCGGGAGCCAUCACUCCCGAGAAGGCUGAAAACAGUGACUACUCAGUGACUGGCCACUACCCUCUGAAUUUGCCAUCUGUUACCGUUACCAACCUUGAUACCUUUGGCCACCUCAAGGAUUCUAAUUCAAGAUCUUCAUCAAACCAACACGGUGUUGAGCCGGAGGGCGCUCAGCAGAGUAGUGCAACUCCAGAAGUGCCUCGGAAAGGUAGCUCUCUAGCUUCAUUGCCCAGUGAGGAGAUACAGCCGAGCAAGGAAGCCGAGGACUUCACGUCUGCCCAGGAGACUCUGGGCAGCACUGACAAAGAUAUUCCUGAAGAAUCCUCUGCUGAGAACCAGGCAAUGCCAAAGUCUGUCAUCCUCUCCCCACAAAACGAAGCUUUAGGAGAUGCUGAAGCUAAUGUGGUUGGGAGUGAGGCAGCACAGCCACGGAAGGCAGACCUCACAGGUGGUGAUGUAACCUCUCCCGAUGCUUCUGCGUCCAGCUGUGGGAGAGAAGGACCCGAAGACUCGAAUACUUCUGAGAGUUCCCAUGUAUACAUGCAUAGUGACUACAAUGUGUACAGGGUGAGGUCCAGGUAUAACUCAGACUGGGGAGAGACAGGCACCGAGCAAGACGAAGAGGACGACAGUGAUGGCAAUUACUAUCAGCCCGAUAUGGAGUACUCUGAGAUCGUUGGGUUGCCUGAGGAAGAAGACAUCCCGGCAAAUAGGAAAAUUAAGUUUAGUUGUGCUCCGAUUAAGGUUUUCAACACAUACUCCAAUGAAGACUAUGACAGGAGAAAUGAUGAAGUUGACCCUGUGGCCGCAUCUGCUGAGUAUGAACUUGAGAAGCGAGUAGAGAAGCUGGAGCUUUUCCCGGUGGAGCUGGAGAAAGAUGAGGAUGGCCUUGGCAUAAGCAUUAUUGGAAUGGGCGUUGGUGCCGAUGCAGGGCUGGAGAAGCUGGGGAUAUUCGUCAAGACCGUGACAGAUGGGGGUGCUGCUCAGCGGGAUGGCAGGAUCCAAGUCAAUGACCAGAUUGUAGAAGUGGAUGGAAUCAGCCUGGUGGGGGUCACACAGAAUUUUGCGGCAACUGUUCUCCGAAAUACCAAGGGCAACGUUAGGUUCAUUAUUGGGCGAGAAAAACCAGGACAAGUGAGCGAGGUUGCCCAGUUGAUAAGCCAGACCCUGGAACAGGAGAGGCGCCAGAGGGAGCUGCUGGAGCGCCACUAUGUCCAGUAUGAUGCUGAUGAUGAUGAGAACACUGUGGCUGAAUUGCAAGGAAUGUCUGGCAACUGCAAUAACAAUAACAACCGUUUCCUUAAGACUGGAGAAUAUGCCACUGAUGAGGAAGAGGAUGAGGUUGGGCCCAUUCUUCCCGGUGGUGACAUGGCCAUUGAAGUCUUUGAGCUCCCUGAGAAUGAGGACAUGUUUUCCCCAUCUGACCUGGACACCAGCAAGCUCAGUCACAAGUUCAAAGAGUUGCAAAUCAAACAUGCAGUUACAGAAGCAGAGAUUCAAAAAUUGAAGACCAAGCUGCAAGCAGCAGAAAAUGAGAAAGUAAGGUGGGAACUAGAAAAAAACCAACUUCAGCAGAACAUUGAAGAGAAUAAAGAGAGAAUGCUGAAGCUGGAGAGCUACUGGAUCGAGGCACAGACUCUGUGUCACACCGUAAACGAGCAUCUCAAAGAGACUCAAAGCCAGUAUCAGGCCUUGGAGAAGAAAUACAACAAAGCCAAGAAGCUGAUCAAGGAUUUUCAACAAAAAGAGCUCGAUUUCAUCAAGAGACAGGAAGCAGAAAGAAAGAAGCUGCAAGAGUUGGAGGAAGCUCACCUGCUGGAGGUCCAGGGCCUACAAGUGCGGAUCAGAGAUCUGGAGGCUGAGGUGUUCAGACUCCUGAAGCAAAACGGGACCCAGGUUAACAACAACAACAACAUCUUUGAGAGGCGAACAUCUCCUGGUGAAGUCUCAAAAGGAGACGCGAUGGAGAAUGUGGAAGCCAGGCAAACGUCCUGUCAGGAUGGCUUGAGUCAAGACUUGAAUGAAGCAGUCCCAGAGACAGAGCGCCUGGAUUCAAAAGCACUGAAAACACGGGCCCAGCUCUCUGUGAAGAACAGACGCCAGAGGCCCACAAGGACACGGCUCUAUGACAGUGUCAGCUCAACUGAUGGGGAGGACAGCCUGGAACGGAAGGGUUGGAGAGUUUCUUCUCCAGAAUCAGAUUCUGGGGUUGCACCCCUCACCCCUGUGGCUAGCCAUGAGGUCUUCUCAUCUCAUGACCUGACCGAGUCUCAAGAAGGAUCACGGCUGCCAGAAACAGACACUUUCUCCUCUGCCUCGGGAGACACUUCACCCUCAUCACCUUCAAAAUCCAAUCACGAUACAGAGGACUCUCCUUGCCACCGUCAAACAACCAAGACACCAUUACAUGAAAAAGAUGAUGCCAGUUGCCCUAAAUCACCAAGAAUGCCCAGUUCAUUUGUGGUACAAGGAGGAAAAAUUAAGCAGAAGUUUGUGGAUCUGGGGGCACCUUUGCGAAGGAAUGCAAACAAGGGGAAGAAAUGGAGAGAAAAAGAAAAGGAAGCCAGUAGGUUUUCUGCAGGUAGCAGGGUCUUCAGAAGCAAGCUGGAAAACUGGAAAGCCAAGCCUUCCCCUGCAGCUCAGGCCUCCACUCGCUCUCCUUGCAUGCCCUUCUCAUGGUUUACCGAAAGCCGCAGAGGAUCCUAUUCCUUCAGGAACCUGCCUUCAGUUCCGAGUCCCCUUCAGCCUUCUCCUGAGACACUAGUUUCAGAUAAAACAGGGUCCAAGAAUUUCACCUUCAAUGAUGACUUCAGUCCAAGUAGUACCAGCUCUGCAGACCUGAGCGGCUUAGGAGCAGAACCCAAAACCCCAGGGCUCUCCCAGUCCCUGGCACUGUCCUCGGAUGAGAGCCUGGAUAUGAUAGAUGAUGAGAUCCUUGAUGAUGGACAGUCUCCCAAACACAGUCAGAGUCUGAAUCGGGCUGUUCAUGAGUGGAGUGUGCCACAGGUCUCUCACUGGUUAAUGAGCCUAAAUCUGGACCAGUAUGUGUCUGAAUUCAGUGCACAGAGCAUCACUGGGGAGCAGCUCCUGCAGCUGGAUGGAAAUAAACUGAAGGCUCUUGGAAUGACAUCAUCCCAGGACCGAGCACUGGUUAAAAAAAAACUGAAGGAAAUGAAGAUGUCUCUAGAGAAGGCUCGGAAGGCCCAAGAGAAAAUGGAAAAACAAAGAGAAAAACUAAGGAGGAGGGAGCAAGAGCAAAUGCAGAGGAAGUCCAAAAAGUCAGAGAAGAUGACUUCCACAAAAGAAAGCAGCAGUGAGCAGUAAUCCCUAGCCACCUCCAGUAGGGGGGAAGCUUGAGGGAAGUCCCGCCCCUUCCUGCCCCCCUUCCCCUGCAGAGGAUUAAGAAGAAACUGAUGGGGAUAAUGCCACUGUAGGCGGUUUAAAGAACUGUGUGUUGGAUGCACUCUUAAUUUUAACCUCCUGAAAUAACCCCAAGCCACCUUUGGUUUAUUAACAUACCAGAAAUACCAUUUUUAUCUUCUACUUAAUGACAUCCUGUGCUGUGUUGACUGUAUGGUGCCACUUGGAAAACCAGCCUGACCCAGCCAAUGAGAGCAGGACUCACUCUGGUGUUGUGGGUAGAAUACCUGAAAUUUUCACUAAGAGCCCCUGAAACUGAGAUAGUAAUUGUGGGUGUUUGUGUGCAGAGGGAGCUGCACUAUCUCCUGGGUUGCAGAUUCUAGUACAGUGGGUAGGAAAGGCUCCCCUCAAUUCUGGCUGUACAGCAAGUCAGUCCUCUUAUGGGAAUGUGGGUGCCCAGCAUAUAAUUAGCAGAUGAGAGAAGGAACAAGCGUGUUGCUCCACUUGCUGGGAGUCAGAGAGAGAAACAGUAGUUAUUUGUUAACUCUAGAAGCACACACUUGGGUGUACUAAGGGACUCAGGGUAGGCGGCACCAUUUCCCUCCAUGCAUUGCUGAACAAAGAAGAGGAAGUCAGAGCAUAGAGCAGCCAUGGGUGUUAAGGUCUGCUGUUUGGUUUGCCAGCAACACGAGCCCAGGGUUUCAACAGCACUGACAAACACAAUACAGCCCCUCCCUCCCAACGAAUCGGACAGGAAAUUGAUUUUAAGGAAACAACAUUUUCAGGUUUCCUCUCCUGGGACACGUGCUGGCUGGUCUUCAGCCCGUCUGUGACACAAUCAGGAACUUGUCACAUAUUUUCUACUCAGAAUUUCCCAUGUGGGCUCAGUUAGUGUUUUAACAAAUGUACUUUUAAGAACUUAAAACUAGAAAUACGGGUUGGAGAUUGAGAUUUGAGUAACAGUCAACCAGAAAACUUUUCUUCUUUUGAGCACACACAAUUCUUUCCUGUGAAGGGCAGCUGUCAGGUACAUUUUAGAGACAUUUUGAAUGACUUUUCUUAGCAAUUCUCUUCCAUAUUAUAGAGAUCUCCAGGUGUAUUUAAGACAUGGGGAGGGUUUUAGCAGUGUACGAUCUUGUGAUUAAGGCCAGUAUUAAGGAUUCUAGUAUUUCACCAACCUGAGCUGACUGCAGGAGACGGGGGGCAGGAGGAGAAAAAUAAACCCAUCUCGAAACAUUUCAAAUCCUGAGGAUUUUUAUUUGUUUGCUUGCCUUUAGUUUCGCUCCUUUUGUUUAUGUAUCUAAUUCUCAUUGCUGCAUUGACUGUAAAAAACUGCUAUCAUCUACUUAACAUGACAAAUUUCAAAGUAGAACUGGAGGCCAGAUGUAUUCUUGUGCAAAUAUUUUGCUUCCUUUACUCCAUCAAGCCCUUCUGUCCACAGCCCUGGGCAUACCUCCUCUGGAUGCACAGGUCUGCAGAGCCUGCAUCAGGCUGGGAAGUAUGACAGGUGUCUGCGAGGAUAGGGGUCCGCUGCUUGUGUGGCCUCACCUUGUAUUGUAACAUUGUGACUUUUCAUUUUUAUUGUUAGUUUUGAGACAUAUGAAUUCCAAAAUUAUCGGAACUAGAAAUUUAACCUGGUUCUCUCUCCCAGGGCCUGCUUCCUUUUCUGGCCCAGAGCACUUCUGUUAAGUUUCGGUCCUUCCAGAAUAGACUCUUCAGUCUUAAACACAACAUGGGCGUAGCCUGGUGCACUGAAGUUACCAGACCUGCUCCGUGGUUCUUGCUUGAGUAGGAUGCUGGUGGCUGUUCGUGUCUUCAGAUGUCUGAUGCUUUGCCAACUUUGGGAAACCAAGAGACACAUUACUGCACUACAGAUACCAGAAGACUAGCAAAAACCAGGCAAUACUAAUGCUGCUUGCUAUUGUAAAUUUUAGCUUUUUCUUUUCUUGGGGAGAGCAAAACGAACCUGGAUUGCACUGGAAGCUUCUUUGUGUUCAUUUAUAAGAGUGAGGACAGAAGGAUGAUCAUUUUAAGUUGUGUUUACACUUUGAUGGUAUUUGGAAAUGAAUGUAUAUAUUGGAAAUGUCUAUAAGUCUGUCUCUGCCUGUAACUUAUGAUCUAUUAGAUUGCAUUUCUUAAAUACAGUGUUCUUAUUGCAACUUUAUUAACACUUCAAUGCUUGGAUCAGCGUCUAUCUGACAGUUACAAAUCAAAUUCAUUCUCAUUUCAUCAUUUAGCUUAUAUUUUGGCCAUUUUGAUUUCUAAGUUAAGUUAUCACAAUCUUAAACCAAAAUGAGUUAUUUUAACAUUGCUACUUAAAACUGGUAACAUUGUAAAAGGCUCUUGAUUGUAUUGCUCAGCAAUGGAUAAAACAUAAGCUGGUUGAUCCAGUAUGAAAACAAAGUGAAGGACCUCAGACCUUGUGAGCAAUCUGUGUUCCUCUUAGUUCCUCUAUUGACUGUGGUGCAUGGUAACAAUUGAGUUUCCAAUGUCUUGCACAAUUCCUUUUUUAAUACUGUAGUUUUCAGGGUUUAUACAAUUUAACAGAGAAUUGUCACUUUGUGGAUGUUGAUGAUUUCGGAAGGUUUUAAGUUAACAAAUGAACAUGUCUGCUUACCAGUAACUGUAUUCCAGUGAAGUCUUCAAUGUACUCCAUCAGUCACCACAGGUGUUUUGGGGGUACAGAUGAUGUUUGAGCAUGGGGUUACAUGGUGAGGCCCUGACAUAGGUGGAGAGCACUAUAGGAGUAGAAUCUGGGUCGGGGUUCCACUAAAGGACUUUGUAAUGGAUUACUGCACUUAAGACCAUCUCCUUUAAAGUGACUCACACCUCUGCAAUCAUUUCUCCUUCCUCCUCAGAAUCAGACGAGUUCUGUUAGCAUGGAAAACAUGCUGUAUCCACUUGAGUGCUCUGAUGAAGCCUGCUUUACUACCAUGACAGCAAAGCUCUUCUAGAGUGAUCUGUCAUCCUGUGACUGGAGUUGACAUGAACUUCCCACUUCCCACUUAAUGUAGACUUUUAAAAUAUCACAGUGGUUUAUGAUUGCAGUAUGAUAGGCACUAAUGCCAAACCCAGGCGCAAAAUGACCACACCUACCUUGAGUUGCUUUGUUUGAGGAAAUGAAGUGGCAGAGGAGAAGUGGAGACUACUGCCACUCUCCAUGCUAGACAGUAUUUACUCUAAGAUCCUCAAUAGCUCAGGCCUGGGCUGCAAGAAUGCCCACAACUCAGAUUUAUUUAGCACCUGGGCCCCUUUGGAUUGUGCUAGAGAUGAAGAAUUCUCAUCUAGUAUCUUUGUCCAAUAGUAUUAACUUGUGCCCGACAAUUGUGCAAGAAGUAAACAAACUGCAUUCAUACAGCUUUGCUCUUAUAAACAUGGAAGGUUAGAUAUAUUUGUGGAAGACCAUCAACUCUUAACAAGGGUGUUUAAAGCGAUUCUGGAGGAUGAAGGGCAAAUGAUUCUCAAAGAAUCUAUACAUUGGAUUUGUAUUUCCCUUUCAUACACUGAGAUGUUUAAGAAUUACCAUUGGAGUAACAGUGCUGGUGAUAAGGAACAUCUCAUUUUAGGGGAGAGGCAUCAGUAGGGUUCAUGUCGCUUGUUUCCACACUAAGGCACUUCCUGAAGGAAAGGAUAGUUAGGAAAUGACAGAACUAGCUUUCAUGUGUUUUCCUAUUUACUUUGAGUCAGGGCUCUAUCUGUGUCCAGUUCUAAAGGUGAGCUGGUGAAGGUGAGGUCCAAGAGUAAAGCAUCAUCUUUUCUUCCAGAGUUGUCCGGAUUGUCAUAGGACAAAGGUGUAGACCCAGAAGAAAACAGCAUUGCAGGAAAUCUGUUUCACUGAUUUUGUCCUAAAAGUCAGACUGAAAGUGCUGACUGAUUUUGUUAAGGUUCCAUGAAAUUGAGUCUUGAUCCAAAACAUUGGGGAAAACAUAACAAGAGAGAAAACACAUUUUAAUAACUUGAGGAGUAGCAUUGAAGACACUGGAUUGAGCAGUUAGAGGGGAAAUGAAAAACCUACAUAAUAAACUGCCCCUUGUGAAGUGCCAGCAGUUCCAUUCACGGGAGGCCUGGGGUCCUCCCCUGUUUGUGCAGGGGUGUCUGUGUGGGAUUGUAGAGAAGGGUUAUUACUCAAGCCUCAAAUCUGUGAGCACCUGGGCCUUUCUCUGUAUCCUCAGAGUACGGGCAGAAGAAGCUCCAUGCUUCCCAGCCCUCGACCCUAUCCACUCCUAGACCACUAGGGAUCCAGCAAUGUGCAAGACAUAAGAAAGAACAAGUCACAAAUUCUCAGUCAUGUGCAUGCCACUUCUGUAGGUGUCAGAACUGUGUGUGGCUAUAUCCCCAACCUUACACACACAUAUACCAUCAGCACGUGGCAUAAAAAUAUACUCUACAUGGACUACAGUGAUGUUAGUUAGGACCCUGGGCUGUAAUCAUAGCCUUAUUGCCACUUUUUGUGUUGUGUAUACAUUGAAUGGCUCAUAGAUUUUAAGAGAUUUUUUUAAUGUAAGUAUCCUACUAAAUGCACUUAUGCUUCUAAAUGUUUAUAUAUUUUGGUAAAAUUGAUUUAUUAGAUCUUUGGUAUUGUAUUUUAGUAAGAUAAAUUUUCCUCAAAUGUUUGAUUAAUGCUUUGAUGUCAAGAUUGCACUUUUUUAGUUAGAAAUCAGGACAUAUUAUGCAGCUUUGGGCAUUUUCAAGUGCACAUCGCAGUUUUCUUGACUAAAAAUUGCACUGUGUGUUCUUGUGUAUCAACUCUCUUCUCUAAAUUGAGAUGUUCAGUAACCAUGAUGCUUAUGUCACUAACUACUGGCUCUCUGGUGGCAGUAUUUCUGUCAUGUGACCACUAUUUACUUCGUAUGCCAUCAGCUUGCAAUGGCAUUUUGGGUUGCCAUCAAAUAUAACACAAUGGGUUAUGAGCAUAUGUUGUUGGGAGGAGUGUACAUCCGUUUCUCCAACUGUUUUGUGGACACCCACAAGUUUCUUGUUAAGGAUUUGGGCAUCCAUUCUUGAGAGAGCAAUUGGCCAGAAGUACCUUAAAUUACCUUUACAAGAAGAACAGGAAGUGGUUCUCAAGCUAGAUAACACCUCCCAGCAACAUCAGGUUCAAUCAGUAAUUAAUAAAACCUCUAAGCAUCCAUAGGUAUACACUCGGUAUUAUUUAUUGUCAUAACUACUGCCUUUGUAUUUUUUCAAUGGUGUUUUGAUGAAGCCACUUAUACAUCUGCUAUAUAUCACUGGCUAGACUGGGCAGCUGAAAACCAGAAGGAGAAUAAACUUCUGUUCUACUGUAAGACUGGAUUUGUUUCCAUCUUUCUUUAUAUAUUGCUAAGGGAAAGUGAUUGAAAAUCAUUUAACUUGGUAAGUAUGGGUAGCGCAUCACCUGAAACUUUUAAUUUGUACAUUUUGCUGUCUGAUUAUUUGCAUGGAGGAGACAAUAAUGCCACAUCUGAUCUUUUCUCUGGUACUUGAUCAGUGUCUGCUCUUUCAAAUGGCAUUCCUUACUCUUUGGUUUUCAGAUGCAUUCAAAGCAAACUAUACCAUAAGUGGCCCAUUGUUUUCUGACCAUCUAAAAAUACCUGUGAUCAAAUUUAAUUUGUUGUGUAAAUAAAUUUCUUGCCAAUGAGUAUUAUUGUUGUUAGAUAAUGAAUGCAAUAAAAGGAAAUACAGUGA